AUGGUGUCGCGGAUGGAAGUGUUCACCCACUGGUUCCAGCUCGCCGACUCGGACAGGGACGGGCGGCUGACUGGUCCAGAUGCAGUACAGUUCUUCAACCGAAGCGGCCUGCCGCGGCACGUCCUGUCGCGGGUGUGGGCGCUCGCUGACUCGCAGCGGCAGGGCUUCCUGGACAUGACUGGCUUCGAGAAGGCCAUGGACCUCAUCACGCUGGCCCAGAGCGGCGCUGUGCUGUCCGCGGAGCUCUACGGAAACGCCAAGCAGUCCGGCGAGCUGGAGGGCAAGUUUCCGAUGCUGGAGGGAGUGCACAUUCCGGGGCAGGAGCCGAGCGAGUACGACGUGGAGCGGCCGGACGGCGGCCCGAACCUGCAGCCGGGGCCGCCGCAACAGAACCUGAACAACAACAACUCGGUGCCGGGGUGGGGCAUGCAGCCGCAGCAGAGCUGGGGCCGGAAGCCGCCGCCGCCCGGGAGCCAAAUGCCGGCGCCGGCGGGCGUGAAUACGCGGGACUUCAUGGCCGACGUGCACGACGUGUUCCGGAAGCGCGGGAAGAAGCGGCCGGUGCCGCAGGCCACGUGCACCUCGAUCAUCGACGGGCUCAAACAGAUCUACUUCAAGAAGAUCAGACCCAUCGAAGAAGCCUUUAAAUUCGGCAACUUCUUCUCUCCCUACCUCACCGAAGGCGACUUCGUGGCCAAGCCGUCGGUGCUUCUCCUGGGCCAGUACUCCACGGGCAAGACCACGUUCGUCAAGCACCUGCUGGGCAAGGAGUACCCCGGGUGUCACAUCGGGCCGGAGCCGACGACGGACCGCUUCGUGGUCGUGAUGCACGGCCCCGAGGACCGCACGACCCCCGGCAACACGCUGGCGGUGAUGCCUGACAAGCCGUACCAGGGGCUGAGCAUGUUCGGGACGGGGUUCCUGGGGCGGUUCAUGGGCGCGGAGACGGAGGCGAAGCUGCUCGAGGAGGUCACGAUCGUGGACACCCCCGGGGUGCUGUCUGGCGAGAAGCAGCGCAUUGAGCGGCAGUACGACUUCAUCCGCGUGAACGAGUGGUUCGCGACGCGCUGCGACAUCAUCCUCCUCCUCUUCGACCCCUACAAGCUCGACAUCAGCGACGAGUUCAAGGCCGUCAUCCAGCGGCUGCGCGGGCACGACGACAAGGUCCGCGUGGUCCUCAACAAGGCGGACCAGGUCGACGCGCAGCAGCUCAUGCGGGUGUACGGCGCGCUGAUGUGGUCGCUGGGCAAGGUGUUCAAGUCCCCCGAGGUCUGCCGCGUGUACAUGGGGUCGUUCAACGCGGGGAAGGAGAUCGACGACUCGGUGCAGCUGAAGAGCCUGUUCGAGGCGGAACAAAAGGACCUGUUCGCGGACCUGCUGCAGAUCCCGCAGCGCAGCUGCGACCGCAAGGUGAACGAGUUCGUGAAGCGCAUGCGCGCGGCGAAGAUCCACGUCGCGAUCAUGGGCCACCUCCGCAAGAUGGUGCCCAUGUUUGGCAAGGCCAAGUGGCAGGAGAAGGUGCUGCAGACGCUGGACCAGGAGUUCGUCAAGGUGCAGCGCGAGCACCAGCUGCCGCCGGGGGACUUCCCGGACGUCAACCGGUACCGCGACAUCCUCGCUGCGUUCGACAUCGCGUCCUUCCCAAAGCUCGAUCACUACCGGUCGCUGUCGGCGAUCGACGACGCGCUCACCAACGACGUGCCCGCGCUGCUCAAGGCCUUCGAUAAUCCGUUCUAG